AUGCCUUUGCCAACAGUUGCUGUGGCUCCCGAGCUGUCAAAGGCCGACAAGGCCAGUGGUGACAUGCUGGAGCCAUCGAAUGCGACUGAGCAGGGACAUGCUUCCGAUGUCGGGAAGACCGUGAUCUCAUCCUUAGCUGCGGAGUCGCUCCCAACUCAGGAACCUGAAGCAGCUGCAGUUGAGGCCGGAGAAACUCAGCUGGGUUCUGUGACACAUGGGGUCACAGAGACCAAGAAAGGGACAGAUGACAUGGAAGUUGAAGCUGCAGAGGAUGAGGGUGAGACGGGUGAGCCCAAUGAGACCGGUGAAGUGAAGCCGCGACGCCGCGCCAACCUCCGCGCGCGGGUCCUGGCUGAGUUGGCCAAGAGCAGUGCUGAGGAGGUCCGUCAGCGCCUGGAAGGAGAACUCCUGGAGCACGACCGGCACAUCGCAGCCGCUCAGGCCGUGGAAGAUGAGAAACAGAAACUCGUGGAUGAGGCAGCGUCGGAAGUGGCCGCCAUGGCAAAAUGCGUAGAAGAAGCGUCACGUUUGGAAGCCGAGGCCUUGCAAGAAGUGAAGGACAUCCGGCUGAAGAAGAAAGAUGCCGUGCAGAGCAGUGCUUUGAAACGGAAAGAGCUUCACAGCUACGAAGAUAUGCUGGUUUUGCUGGACUUGGAGAAGGAGACAUGCAAGAAACGCCAAGAGGCUGAAGAAUCGCUGAAGGACGAAGAGAAUGCCAAGCGGCAAAAAAUUGAGGAGCUGCUGCGAGUGGUCGAAGAGACCAAGAAAGCUCAGGAAGAGCUGAAACAGCGUGCGAAAGAAGCACGACAACAGAUGCGUGACCUUGAGAAGGAGCAGAAGAAGCUGGCCCGCUGCGGACCGCGCUUAGGGCCUUUCAGCCGCCGGCAAGCUGCUUCGGCCAAGGCCACGGAGAACAAGACGUCAACCGGGUCCAAAGAAUCACCAGAGCCUGCAGAGGCUGCUGUGGAAGGUGUGGAAAUUGUCUCUGUGAAGCGUGAGAUCUGCGCGACGAUUACCUCUUCCGUGGCGUCGGGAUGUUUCGAGGCCAACGAGUUGAUUUGCAUUGAGGAUUCGCAAUGA